AAAAGUUGAAAAGAAAAAUAAAAUAAAAUAAAAAAUGAAAACCCUUUAAAUUGGAUUCAAUUCAGUGCCAGUGCCAUCACAGACCUUAUUCUAAUUUCCAUUCACAAUUCUUCUGUCAAACCCUUCUUUGUAUUGUAAGCACCGUCCUCAUCAAUAUUUAUUUAAUAAUAAUAAUAAUAAUAGUAAUUGAUUUUCGUAAUUGAACAACGUCGGAAAAUGGAAAACAAAGAACAGAAGAACAACACGAUGAACACGGUUGUUAGAAAACCAAGAUUUCUUUGUCUUCAUGGAUUUCGAACAAGUGGAGAGAUAAUGAAAAAACAGAUUCAUAAGUGGCCACAAAAUGUUUUAGACAAACUCGAUCUUGUUUUCGUGGAUGCCCCUUUUCCUUGCAACGGUAAAUCUGAUGUUGAAGGAAUUUUCGAUCCUCCUUAUUACGAAUGGUUCCAAUUCAACAAGGAAUUUACAGAGUACACCAACUUUGAUGAGUGUUUGGAAUAUAUUGAAGAUUACAUGAUCAAACAUGGACCGUUCGAUGGUCUUCUUGGAUUCUCACAGGGGGCUAUACUAUCAGGUGCGCUGCCAGGUCUUCAAGAAAAGGGUGUGGCACUAACCAAAGUUCCCAAAGUGAAAUUCCUUGUAAUAAUAGGAGGGGCCAAGUUUAAGGCACCUUCAAUUGUGGAGAAAGCAUAUUCUUCAACAAUUGGUUGCCCGUCUCUUCACUUUAUAGGGGAGAAUGAUUUUUUGAAGCAGUAUGGAAAAGAACUAAUAGAAUCUUGUGUUGAACCUAUGGUAAUUCAUCACCCGAAAGGACACACAGUACCAAGAUUAGAUGAUAAAAGUUUGAUUACCAUGAAUGGUUUUAUCGAAAGAAUUCAAAGAGAUAUAUCUUGAAAAUUAGAAGAAUUCAAAGAGAUAUAUCUGAAAAAUCAGGAAUGGGUCCACCCGAGGAGCUAAUACUUCAAAUAAUUUGGAUUAAAUUUUUAUUUUAGUACUAGGUUUAAAGAUCAGUACAUUUGUACAAUUUUAUUAAUUUUUAUUUGAUAUUUAAUUUUGUCAUUAUAUUAAAGUAAAA